CGGUUCUCUUCAAGUAUUAAUAUCAAAAUCCACCAGAAUUUUCUGUUAAUCCCUACCACACUCAAACUCUCGCUCUUUAGAGUUUAUUUUAUUCUUAGUCUAUUUUAAUUACUAAUAACUAAGAAAGAUUUAAAUAUCAAUUAAUCAAAAGCUCUCCAGGAUCAAGAUAAACUACGAAAGACACCCAGAUAACUGCUAUUAGAAGCAAUCUCUGUGUUCUAUAGAUUUGAUUUUUUUUUCCGGCGAAACUUUGUUUUCUGCGUUUAAAUCACUUACCUUGUUAUUGGGUGUUUGGGUUUUUGUUCGGAGAAUGUCACGGUGCUUACCGUUUCCACCGCCGGGGUACGUGCGGAAUGGAGUGAGUGGGGGGGCUCUUUUGGAGCUGAUUAAGAGAGAAAGGGUGAAGGCUGAGAGGGAAAAGAAGGAGAAAAGGAGAAGCAAGAAAGACAAGAGGAAAGAAAGGGAGCAAGGAGAGAUUUGCCAGAAAAAACCUGGUCAUCAUGAAAGGCAUAAGCGUUUGAGGAGCAAUGAAGGUGGAGGAAGAAGUGAUAAUCAAGGUAAAACUGAAUAUGGAACCCAGGAGAUGGAGUCGAGCAGCCUCACUGAAGAGCUUAUGCAGCCUAUAUCUGACAGCUUUUAUGAGUCUUCAGACAACAGCCAAAGCAUUCAUAAGAAAAGAAAGAGCAGAUCCCGAAAUGAAUCCCAUAAUGAUGGAAACAUUGUUCAGAUGGAUAUCCAGCAGCAAAAGCACAAGACUCCUGAAGCCCUAUCCCGCAAACCAGGCUGCUCUAACAUAACGAUGGAUUCUGUAGUCCAGAAAAAGCUUGAAUUACCUGUUGACGAGCAGUUUUCUUCAGCUUCUGGUGUGCCAGCUACUGAUGUCCAAGUGUUUGUUCCACCAGCUCUAAGAGAGCUCUGUCAUUCCUUUCAGACAGCUAGGAUCUAUAUGGAUGAGAAAUCCAAAAUGACUCUGCCAGAACAAUUCAGAGAGUUAGUGGAAAACUGGCUUCCCUGUCCCCUGCAGAUUGAGCAAUUUGAUGUUGGUGAUCAAAAGGGGCUCUUUGAGAGGAAGUCGCCCAGAGGCCACAUUUGCGAGACAUCCAAUGCUAGCAAUGAUGUCCUGUAUCAUGGAUACUCUACUUCAUGUCCCUAUGGUCAGUAUUUGCUCCACACCCUUUUAAUACUGGAUUCUGGAGUCCAAAAGAAGCUUGAAUUGGAUCCUACACCUGUCAAAGAGCAACUUUCAUCUGAUUGUGGUGUGCCUGCUACUGAUGAGAAGUCUGAAAUGGCUCAACAUCCAGCUGCUCUGAAAUUAGCUUGCUGCAGAUAGAAUCACAAUUCAGAGAGUUAGUCGCGAAGUGGCUUCCACUUUCCUUGCAGGCUGAGCAUUUUGACAUUAGAGAUCAAUACUGGCUCUUGGAGAUGAAGCAACCCAGGAGCGACAUAAGUGACACAUCUAAUGCUAGUUAUGAUGUUUUACAUCAAGGAGACUUCACUCAGUACCCAUGUGCCCAAAUCUUGCCCCAGGCUAACAUAUAUGCCUUGCCGUAUACAGUACCAUACUAAAUCUGCUAUGAGGAAAAUGACUGGUUUAAGAUUUUUUUUUAAUCUAUUAGGUUGUCGGCUGCCCUUUUUGGUCUAUAAACAGUUUGAGAAUAGACAUAUACCUGAAGUAGAAUUGCUGGUUGUGUAACCCGUAGCAUGGUAAAGAAUCUGGCAAGAUGAAGCCAUCUUUCUUGUACUCCUGGUUUUACCGUUUAUCAAUACAUGUAAAAGUGCUGACAUUCUGAAUUUGAUUCACUUAUUAUUUGAUAUUUCCAGUUACA